AUGGGGGAUGGCCUCUGUGCCGGUGCGGAUUCCACACUACCUCCUAACCUCUGUGUCUUUCGCGAACAAGCUGAUUCAGUGGCGGUGAAACAAUAUUGGUCGGAAAUGCAAAAGAAACAAGUGGAUGAUUUGAUUUCUCUCGAAGAGUCUUUACAUGUUCUAGAUGCGACAAAAGAUACACGAGAUCAAGGUCACUUACUACGAAAAACAAUUACAAACAUUGUUGAAAAAUGGAGUACUGCAAACCAUAUACUUACGGAAAAUAACGCAUUACAAUCAAAUUUUCUUAAUGUAAGAAAUGACAAUGUUGCCAAUGCCUAUUUUAAAGGCACUAGUUCGGAAAAGGUUAAAGAACCCCGAGAGAACGGAAAGUCGGCCUGUAAAGAUAAUUUGAGAGAUGCUGAGGACCCGGAUUAUGAAGGAUUGUCAUUAUUAUUCGAUGAAUCAAAUGAAGAUGCCCUUGUGGAAUGUAUUGAUGAAAGAGUACUCGAGCAUGAGAAUAUAUUGCCACAAGUUAGCGGUAAUAACGUCUCAAAGGAUCAACGAAAAAAUAUCGAUGCAGACAUUGUCGAAUCUUUUUACAAAUAUCAAAAGACAAUUCCAAAAACCCGUAGAGUUUUUACUCCCGCAUAUUGGGGAAUUCUAGACUUAACCGGAGAAAGUUUAUAUGAUUGUAAGACUCUCACGGGAGAGGCCAUACUACAACUUUCACAAGAAUUUGCUGACAAAAUUUCCUGGAAAACAAUGCCACCAGAAAAGAAUGUACGAGAAUACUUUGAUGCUAAUUGCGCGAAAAACGCAGAUUACGAUCAUGACAUCGGAAAAUUAGAUGCAAACAUCCAGUUUAUGAAAAGCGGUGCAUCUAAUUUUCAAGGAAUGAUGACGGAGGAAGAAUUAAAAAUGAGUUUGACAUUUCCUCUAUUUCGUGGGAUAUUUACAUCCGAUAAAAUUAAAAAUGCUUGGGGAGAAAUUCAAGCUUUAUCCACAAAUUAUGCACGUAAUGAAAAGGCGAGUUUUUUUAAAAAAGCAAGAAUAGGUAGACGCGUUCGCAUGAAAAGUAUUCUUAUCAAAACAACUAGUAAAUUCGAAAUUAUUUAUGGAGAAGUAUCGGGAGGGUUGGGUCCUCCUGGAAUACCCACUGCCUGUCGUAAAAAGCGUUAUCUUGACAAGGUAAAGCUUAUGAUAAGAAUGCGGGACAGCAUAAACGGACUUCUAAGAGAAUGUAAUCACGUAGCAUUUGAAAAACGUACAAAUUUAAUUGUAUACGGGUGGCUCCAGUUCGGUUUAGAAUUGAACUUUUAUGCCAUGGAUUGGUCAGGUGCCGGUAUAUACAGAUUUGGGUUAGUGGAUCGAUGCAGAUUACCGUCUGAUGAGGAUGAAUUUGGGAUACUUGAGGAUGCGUAUUGUAUUCUUAAAUUGCUUGAAAACAAAUCACUUGAGAUCGAAAAAAUAGUCAAACAACUACAUUUAGAAAACACGAAAGGGAAACGAAGGCAAAUUGCACCUGAAACUGAUGCGGAAUUGAAUGAAAACCGCUCCCUUAAAAGAUAA